GCUAAGGGAAUUCACUUAAUUAGAUAGACUCUACCCUACAUCAUCCCACAACGUAUUUCCUUAUUAAAUUGCAGCACGUACAAAAGAGUAAGAACUGCUUCUAUUUGACACGUUAUUAGCCUCCACCGAUCGAUUCAAUGCAAGACUAUUUAGUCCAUACCUUUUUCAUACUACACACGUGGGUGAAAUUACGUGGUCAGUUCAUUUCAAUCUCAUCCAAACAGGCCCGUUUAUCUCCACCAUCGUUAGAAGACGUCAUAUAGGCUUACCCUAUUUGUAGCCCUACUUUCAAAGGCCAAGUCGUAUAUAAAUUGGCGAUAGCUCGCUUGAUCGAUUGGGUGCCUCGGGAAGACUUUUAAAUUAGACGUCCUCAGUAAACCAAACAUACAGAGCAGCCGAGAAAGCCAACCAAUUUAAAAAAAAAAGUAUUCUAGUUUGCGUCCAACCGCAUUGAAAUUCUACGACGUCCGAACAAUGAACUAAGUACAUUUCUGCAAGUGCAAGUAACCUUGACCUCCUCAUUAUUCCCCGCCUUGAGUUCCUCGGCCUGCGGUUGAAUGAAAAGCGACAUUGUUUCUUUAAGAUUGGACGUGAAGUCAUCGGCGGGUCUGUCCAUUGUUGGGGGAACAGAGAGCGAGUUGAAAUUGAUAAACGGUAGGGAAACUACAAGUUGGCUACAUUAUCAGCCGAGCAGCUGCAGCGAGAGCGCCACUAGCCAACAAGUGUUGAUUACAUCCUUCCAGACAUGGGUUGCUACGACUGCUGCCUGCGCUGUCUCAGCGGGGUGCCGUACUGCUCGCUGGUGGCCACGCUGCUCUGCUUCUCCGGCAUCGCCCUGUUCUGCGGCUGCGGGCACCAGGCGCUGACCGAGACCGAGAGACUCAUCGAGACCUACUUCGCCCGCAACCUCCAGGACUACAUUACCCUGGCCUACAUCAUUCAGUACUUCCAGUAUGUUAUCUACGGCCUGGCAUCCUUCUUCGUGUUCUACUGCAUCGUGCUGCUGGCCGAGGGCUUCUACACCACCAGUGCCACCAGGCAAAGCUUCGGCGAGUUCAGGAGCACCAUGUGCGGUCGCUGCCUGAGCUCUUCGUUUAUCGUGGUGACGUACGGACUAGCCGUUGUGUGGCUGCUGGUCUUUGCCUUCUCCGCCCUGCCUGUGUACUUCUUCUACAACAUGGACGCCACCUGCCACACCAUUGAAGUCCUGACCGAGACCCCUGCCAGUAUCAACCAGUUGUGUGUGGACGCCAGACAAUACGGCCUCCUACCGUGGAAUGCAGUGCCGGGGAAAGUGUGUGGCACGACACUGUCCAAUAUUUGCAAGACCAGAGAGUACCUCAUGACAUACGAGUUGUACGUCGCUGCCUUUGCUGGCGCUGGCAUCACUUUGUUGGCACUGCUGACCUAUAUCGUGUCCACCACUUACAACUUUGCGGUGCUGCGAUAUCUGGGGAGGAAGGGUAUAGGGCCACGGUGUUAGGAGCAGCCUGGCUGCCUGCUCUCUGCACUGCACAUCAAACACUGGGACCUGAGUAGACUCUACCUACUUAUUCCUUAGCACCUGUGGUGUCAUUUCUUUGGGUUAUGGAUUUUUCUGGAUUUUUUACUUUUGCUCCCCCCCCCCCCCCCUCAUUUUAUAUUGCUUGCCACAUUACCGUUUUUCAUUGAUUCAUUUUUUGGGGGAACUCAAUACUAGAGCCUGUUUUCUCUAUGCUCUUCCCCUUUCUGCCUUCCAUACAAAUGUUUGUAAAUCUUGUUUUCUCCUAUGUACAUUUCAAGGUCCACGUGGAUGCUGUAUUGUAUUCAAAUAACACAAGCUUUGAUAAGGAAAUAACAUUAGGCCCAAAAAAAUGUCACACAUAUUGUGUCACACAGAUGGUUGGAUUUUUGUCCCCAUGGCAACCGUCCUUCACAUCUGGUUGCCAUGGUGACAGACAACCGUGCAUUUUUGUAGUCCCAAAUUGACCUCGGGACUUUUUCUCACGGGCAAGCAAAAAGGGCCGUUACAAUGGAGUCAGGCGCGCAUUAAACAGCAGGCCUUUCAGCCCCUCGCCCCCACACCCCACACACACACACACACACACCCCACACCCUCAUACACCUAGGGCUUAGGUUCUCUGCCAAGGGUCAUAUUCCAUGACAAGGGAGAGCGAGAGUGCUCAGGACAAAGACAAGGACAAAAGACCUCUGACAAGAAAAUAUCUACACAAGCCCACAAACUGACCACCCCACGACUCCCCCGCUCACCCACAGAUGUAUGGCACCCCAAUAAUUGAAUCAAUUCAAAGGGUCCUCUGCCAACAGAGGGAGAGAGAAGUUAGAGGGGAGACAAAGUUUAUAUAAUUCUAAAGUUUCUUUCAGGGUAAAAAAUAAGUAAUUGUAAAGCUGUUCUGGGAUUGCAAAGGUACUUUUGCAUUAUUAUCUAGCAUGCCCAUAUUAUUAGACAUACAUUAAUGCUACCCACUCCUCCCUUGCCAUUACUGCAUGGAGGAACUUUUUGUAGGGUUGUACUCAAUUUACAUGCCUAAUGCUUAUUUCUCAUGAUGCAGAAGAAAAGGUUGAAAUGUUAACGCGCUAGAUUCAAAUUUUGGUUUAGCUUUUAAGAUUUAAAUGAUUGAAGGGUUUAUUUUGUAUCGGGUAAAGACAUACAUCAUCAACAUUUUCUCUCUUAAUUCUUUAGGAAUUUCCUUAGUUAUUGUAUAACAGGCGUAUCUGUAGAUAAAACUAAUUAAGUAAUUUAAACUUUGAAUACUAACUAUUGUAACCAACUUGGUUCGUCAUUAAUUUUUAAAGUUGUACCUGGUAGAAAGGUUUAAACCGGCUGUAUGCAAGGUUUUGUUUUGGGUGUUUUAUAAUAAAAUCAAUUUAUGUGCAUUCUU